AUGGAUGAUUAUACAAGUAGUCAAUUUAAACAAAUCAUUCAUCAUGUUUAUUUAAGAAACAAGAUAGUUGGAUUUAUUCAAGAUUUGGGUCGAGUGGAACAGAUACAAUGGAGAAGAGAGAAUGGUCAGAAGACACGUGGUAAUACAGUGUCUUAUAGUUGGGAGCCGAAACAUUACAGAUAUCAAGAUAUCUAUUCGGUCGAGUGGAUGUUGAGUCAUGGUCAUUUUGAACUAUUCAAGUACAAGUUUGAAAGAGAGGUGACUUCAGAUGGUGGACAGCUGAAAAUGGAUGUCGACGGCUUCUUGUCAUCAUCAUUGUUGGUUUGGAAUGGUAAAGCUGUUGAACUACUCUGUCAAGAGAUUCAUGACAUGCAAUUGUUUGAAAGAAUUAGAGCACGUAACCCAUUCUUGUUUAGAUUGGAUAGUGUUAUAAGAAGUGCCUGUCAUGGUGCCAAUUGGACAUUGCUCAAGCAUAUUAUCAAGACUGCCAAGAUACAACCAUUCGAAGAGGUCUAUGUCAAACAAAAACUACGUAAUACCGAGUUGUUAAAUCGAGUGACACAAGAUAUAGAUUACUAUUAUUGUAAUAGUGUUGCAAGUGAUGAAUGGCAAAAGGUUAGUGAAGUGAUUGAUAGGUUAGCGUCCAAGGUGUCGUUCAAAAUACUCUAUCAAUCUUUUGUCACAACUGGUCAGGUUGCACCGGUCGUCGCACUCAACCACUACAUUUUGCCGGCUGUCUCCAAGGACCGUUUGGAGAUGCUCCAGUGGGCGUGUCGCUCUGGCAGCAUUGAAAUGCUAGAGUUUGUGCAACGCGAGUUCUACCCCACCCUCACCGUCGAGUGUGUGGGUGAGGCUAUCAAGUGCGGCAGCCUCAAGAUGGUCAAACACAAGGCAGUGGCCGCAGAGUACGAGGCGGUCCUCCAAAAGAGCUUCUGGAUGGAUCGAAUUAGCAAGGUGGCCUUUCUCGAGGGUACCCUCGAGAUAUUCGAGCACCUGUACCAACCCGGCAGCAAGAUGGGUAUCAGUCAGUUUGAGGUACCCAAAGACACACGUAUUGCACGUUGGAUCAUGGAACGCAACCUCGAUUUCGCUCCCAUAUGGUACUUUAUCAAUCUCGGACUAGUCCUCAAGGACAGAGAGUUUGUGGUGUGGGCAUUGACCGAGUGUAUACCCGAGGAGAAGUUGACUGCGCUUUCAUCGGCCAAUUAUCAGACACUUGAACAUGCUGCAACGUGGGGAUCGGUAGAGAUACUCGACUUGCUACUCAAACGUCUUGGUUUGCAAACACUGAGCUUCCGUCCCGACGCUGUUUACGCGGCUGCGUCGCGCGGCAACUUGGACGCACUCGAGUGGAUAUACGCCAACUUUAAAUGGGAGAAACCUCAAGUACAGGCAUUGGUAGCAGCACGAUGCGCGAUUAUUGGCGGGCAUUUAGAGACAUUCACAUUCAUCUAUAAAAAAGAGUUGUUGGCGCUGUCAACCAAGGUACCACAACUAUUAUUACAUUGUGCAUCCACUGGAAGUAUCGCGCUGUUUCAGCAUGUUGUCACGGUCACAGAGUCGGUCAAUGUCGGUGCGCCAUAUGAUAUAGAUUUGCUGUAUGUGAUGCGUCGCGCAGCACUGAUGGGUCAACGCGACCUGCUCCUCUAUCUCUUGGAAACAUACACGUUCCCCAUUGCCAAGUUCUUGCCUUCGUCACAGACACAUGACAAGUUUUACUAUGGACUCAACGGAUGUGACAAUGAGACACUCAUGAACGAAGUGCAAAACCUCCAUGAAGGAUUCGAUAUGGUGUCAUCACCACAACAACAGCUGGCAGAGUACAUACUCGAUACUUAUCCCGAACCAUUUAAAUCGCUCUACCACGAGUCACACCAACGUGCACUUGCCCUAUACUACACAUCUUGUCCAGUUAAAAACUCUCAAGUCAAGUUCUUAGUCAGUCAACAUGGCCCACGCGAGAAAUGGAAUAAAUUUGCACUCUCGAGAAUACUCAAAGACGCAGCCGACACUUUAUUGACCAACCAGUUUACAUCGACCAAGAACACGAUUGUCGUGUUUCGUGCACUCCACUACCUCACGCACCAACACAAGGCUGUAGGAGUGUCACUUGAAGAUCUCGUCAAGUUGGCACCUCGCACAGCCUCGACUCUUGUCGUCAACGAACAAGUCACAUCACUCCAAAUACUCGGACUGUUUGGAUUGAUGACCAGUCAGAUAUUCAGUCUCAAAACAGCCUCACAAUCCCAAGACUCUAACCUCACAUUCACUUCACUCCCCUAUUACUUUGAUUGUCUAUUCUCAAUGAAAGUAAACAAUGUAGCUCCUUCCCCUGUAAAAUAA